AUGUUGUCUGGAAAGGACGCCCAAAAACAAUGGGAAGCUGAGAACAAAAUCAAGGAAUUGACCGAUGAACAAUUGUAUAAAUACGAUGAAGAGAAGGAACAAAAGAUCCGUCAAGAAAGACCUUGGGAAAGAGAUCCAAAAUACUUCAAGAAGGUGAAAAUCUCUGCUCUAGCCUUGUUGAAGAUGGCCAUGCACACUACAAAGGGACAACCUCUUGAAGUUAUGGGUUUGAUGCAAGGUAAAAUUGAUGGUGAUUCUUUCAUUGUCAUGGACGCCUUUGCUCUUCCUGUUGAAGGUACCGAAACUCGUGUAAACGCUGGUAAUGAAGCUAUCGAAUACAUGGGUAGAUAUAUGGAUUUGAGCCAACUUGUCGGAAGAUCAGAAAACGUUGUUGGUUGGUAUCACUCUCACCCUGGUUACGGAUGUUGGUUGUCUGGUAUUGACGUCAACACUCAAUUAACCAAUCAGCAAUAUCAAGAUCCAUUCGUGGCUAUUGUCGUUGAUCCUGUUAGAACUGUAUCUGCUGGAAGAGUAGAAAUUGGUGCUUUCAGAACUUAUCCUGAAGGUUAUUCACCAGGUGCAUCAUCAAGCUCUGAAUAUCAAUCCAUUCCUAUGGACAAAAUUGAAGAUUAUGGUGUCUAUCAUGACAAGUAUUAUCAAUUAGAGAUUGAAUUUUUCAAGUCAUCAACAGAUACAAAGUUAUUGAAUGUACUUUGGAAUAAGUAUUGGAUCAACAUUUUGUCUUCAUCAGCAGCUAUUAAGAAUAGAAAUUACACCAACGAUUCUAUUAAUGAUAUUGCAAGAAAGAUGGAUAAGGCUGAACACGAAAUUGGACGUGGCGGAAAAAUGUCUGGAUUUAUGAUGGAAGGCAAAGAGUCAAAGAAAAAAGAAGAAACACAAUUAGACAAAUUGACAAAAGAUUCCAUCAAGUUGAGUACAGAGGUUUUGCAAGGAAUAAUUUCUCAAGCUGUCAAAGAUUCGCUAUUUAACAAACAUUAA